AGAGAACACGGAGACAGAGAGAGAAGGAUACACACAGUGUUGGAGAGAUAGAGUCAUACAGAUAGAAAGAGCACAGAGAGAUAGAGAGAGAGAGAGAGGGUGAGGGAGGGAGAGAGACAUACAGAGAGAGAGGGAGAGAGAGAGAGAGCGGAGAGAGAGAGAGAGAGAGAGGGGGAGGGAGGGAGAGAGAAACUCAUACAGAGAGAAAGAUAUAGAGAAAAAGAGAGAGAGAGAGAGAGAGAAAGGGAGGGAGAGUGCGAGAAAUACAUACAGUGUUGGAGAGAUAAAGUGAGAGACUCAUACAGAGUGUGAAAGAGAGAAUAGAGGGAAUAGAGAUAUAGGAAGAGUCACUGGGGGCCAGUAAAAGCUGGAGAAAGUGAGAGAGAGAGAGAGAGAGAGAGAGAGAGAAAAAGAGAGAGAGAGAGUGAAGUGUGUGUGAUCAACAGCAGAGGACGACCGAGCUUUCAUGCCUGAGAGAGAGAGAGAGAAACGCUGUCAGUGAGUAAGACAGGGAAUAGAGAGUAGGUAGAGCGAGAGAUAGAGAAAGAACGAGAGAGAGAGAGAGAGAGAGAGAGAGAGCGGGCGAGAGAGCAUGUGAAUGCACUCAUUCUGACUCUGGAUGUUUGUAUCAGCCGCCUCUCUGCUGGACGCUCCAAUGAUCACCCACAGACAGCCGGACCCCACCAACACACACACACAGGUGAGAAGUUCUGAGUGUGGUGCUCUGUGAGGUGUGGGUUCUGCGUGAUGCUGUUCAGCAGGGAUGCAGUUCGUCUCUCUCCGCACCCCUCGUUCUCUCCAGCAGCCCAUGUGACCUAGUGCGCCCCCUCAGGCCUGGGGUUUAGUACCCCAUGAAUCCCAGCCCAGACCGCGGCAAAGAGUGCCUGCCCCCGAAAAAGCGGGAGUCCAGACAGGGUUCGUCUGAACAGCGCCCUCUGGAGGACGAUUUUAAACACCCGGCACCAAUCCGAAGCUGGCGGCUGCAAGUGUCUGAGGGCCGGGAAAGUGGUGGAGACUCGCGGUUUGACAAAGAUCCUCUGCUGCCCCCUCCACCUCCUCCUCCCCCGCUGCCUCCACUUCCCUUGCCACUGCCAUGGCACGUGCCCUACCCGUCCUCCAUCCAUCACCCAUUCUUGCCCGGUCAGGCGGGAGAACGACGUGGGCCAGGGUCGCCAUCCUGGAGAGACAGUGGAGCCGAACCCCCUCCGAUUCCUCAUCACUCCCGCUGGCUUCGGGGCGACAUCUCUACUUUGGGUUUGCAACAACCAAUCUCUGUGCCUACCUUCAAGAGUGCUUAUGCAGUCGAGUCCAGGGAUAUGUGGCCCUACUUUGGGCACACGAGACGAGAAUACAGUCCAUCUCUCUUUUCUUCCCACCAUCCCUUCCCUCAACCUUCAGUGUACACCCCUGAUCUUCUCCCAGACAGCAGGCUCAGGUACACAAGCAGGAGGCCCAACGGUCUGGACGGCCAUGGCAGUAGAUCAGAAUCUAGCGCAAGGCUAGCUUCUGGCGGAGACUGUGGAAACGAUAGCCGUUCCAGACCGGUUGGUUCCUCCCAUUCCAAUGGCCGGAAGAGGCAUCAAGAAGAUCCAGCAGGGCGUAGUACAGGAAGGAGUUCCCUGUCCCAGGAGGGUCCUAAUGCACAUUCCUUCCUACAAGAACUAGACAGGGACCCUGGAACUCUAGGAAUGCCCAAACCUCCUAACCCCCACGCUUACACCUCAGAUUCACGGACAGGAAAGGCAUCGACUCCUCACGAACCUCCCAGUGGAAGUGCCUCCCAGACAGGAGCUCAGAUCUACUACUCCUUGGGGUCCCUGUACCCCUCCGCUCACCAGAACCCUCAGGCAAUUGCCAAUCUUAGUCCCUCAGGUCCCCCUCCUUCUCCUUUGAGGAACUCCCAGCACUCCCCACACUCUCAGCACAACAACCACGGGACCGAUCAGGAGCGGGAGCUCUCGCCAGGAUCUUACCGUCCUUCGGUUUCAAUCCUCAGUGGCCCCGACCCACCUCCAAGCGCAGUCCUACCUCAUUUCGCCAAGGGUUCUCUAAUCGAGUUGGCCGGCGGGCGUCUGAAGAGGGUGGAAGAGCUGCGGACGGAGGACUUUCUGCACAGCGCUGACACUUCACCUGAGUUCCACCUGAGUACCUGCACCAUCCUGCUCAUUUCGCCUGGACCCACCAACGGCUUCAACCAUCUGCAGGUUCUGCUUGCCGACCGCAACACUCAGGAAUUGCUGACGGUUCUGGAGGAGUACCCGUUCUUCGUCAGGGACCGCGGCUGGUCCUCCUGCAGCCCCCAGCGCAGCGCCCAGCUCUAUGGCCUGCCCUGCCGCCAGCUCAGCGCCGGCGACGUCUGCCUGGCACUGACCCCCACGCCCACCUCGGCCCCGCCCACCUCAAACCGCCCCCACCAGUCCCGGGCGCAGCACAGGCACGGCCGAGCCGCCGCGGGGUCGGAGGUCAGACCGCACGGGUCCGAACGAAUGCCGCCGCCCACCGGACCUCCUCUUCCUCCGUCCGCCCAGGCCCCGCCUCCUGACUCGCGGGGACAGGAGAAGCCACGCCCCCGCAAGAGACGAUGGUCCGCCCCCGAGCUGCAGGCCGGAGCCGGGACCCGUCCGGAUUUACCUCAAGACUGCAAGCGAGUGAGACAGCAGUGAAGCUGCGUUCACAUUACAGCAUCCGAAAGCGGUGCAAAUCCAGGUUUUUGGCAAAAAAUGAGAAUUUAUUGGAUGCAAAUCAGAUUUAAGCUAACAUACAUUUGAGCCACUUUAGCUGUGUUCAUAUUAAAGCAUCAGAAAGUGGUGCAAAUCCAGGUUUUUGGCUAAAAAUUAGAUUUUUCUGGCUAAAAAUCGGAUCUAAGCUAAUCAACAUUGAGCCACUUUAGCUGCGUUCAUAUUAAAGCAUCCGAAAGCAGUGCAAAUCCAGGUUUUUGGCUAAAAAUGUGAAUUUAUUGGAUGCAAAUCAGAUUUAAGCUAAUGUACAUUUGAGCCACUUUAGCUGCGUUCAUAUUAAAGCUUCCGAAAGCAGUGCAAAUCCGCGUUAUUGGCUAAAAAUUGGAUCUAAGCAAUACAGAAUUGAGCCACUUUAGCUGUGUUCACAUUACAGCAUCAGAAAGCAGUGCAAAUCCAGGUUUUUAGCAAAAUAAAUUCAAUUUAUUGAAUGCAAAUUAGAUCUAAUAUAAUCAGAUCACAUUAUAGCAACUGAAUGUGGUGCAAAUGCAGGUUUUUGGUUAAAAAUCAGAUCUAAUCUAAUCAGAUUUGAGCACUUUAGCUGCGUUCGUAUUGCGGCAUUCGAUAGUGGUGCAAAUCCAGGUUUUUGGCAAAUAAUGUGAUUUUUUUGGCUAAAAACUGGAUCUAAUCUAAUCAUAUCUGAGCCACUUUACCUGUGUUCACAUUAUAGCAACUGAAAGUGGUGCAAAUCCAGGUUUUUGGCAAAAAUUAGAUUUCAUUGCAUGCAGAUUAGAUCUGAUCUGCAUGCAAUGAAAUCUACUUUUUGCCAAAAACUAGGGCUCAACUACAAUUUGUCAAACACAUUUUGCCAACACAGAUAAUUAUCAUUAUUAUUAUUAUUAUUAUUAUUAUUAUUAUUAUUAUUUAGACCACCUUUUUACAAACAAAUCUUAAACUUAAUAAUAAUGUUAUGUAAUGUUGAGGCAAUUAAUUUGCUAUAGUUUACGAUACAAUUCAUUAUUUUUUGUUUUUAUUUUAUUUGUUUUGUAAGUUAAAAAACAAACAUUCAGGAAAACAGUUCAGUGACGAUGGUUAUUAUUGUAUUAAAUCAUAAUAAAUGUGAACAGGAAAAAUCUGGAUUAAGCCGAAUUCAGGUCUGUAAUGUGAACGCAGCGCUCUACAACAAAUCCUCAACAAUCCCUCAACACACAACCACCACCACAACCUCCGCCCAUCGAUCGGACCGAAGCCUCCGCCCAUCGCUCGGAGCCUCGGCUGGGCGGAGUCUAACUCAGACUGGAUCAUACUGAAGACCUCAUGGUUCCUCUGGAAGAGGCGUGGCCUGGAGAACUGACCGGCCUCCAUUCUGUCUGUCGUCUUAUUGGAUAACACGGGUGUGGAGGGGAGGCGGGGUUACGCUAGUGAAGCCCAAAAUGCACAGCGCCAUCGUCGAGUCGAGUCGAGUCGAGUCUGUAUGUGAGACAAUCAGAUAAUCACCUGUCUAUCUCGCCACGCGGUAAAACUGUCUGUUAUAGUAACGGUCGUUCCAUGCCUACUGACAGUGUUUCUUUCUUCAGGGUAAAUCUUUUCAAUCAGUAUUAUAACUAAAUAAUAUUGAAUGGAAAACAAUGUGCAUAUAUAUAAAUAUAUGUAUAUGCAUAUGUAUAUAUAUAUUCAGUACCAGUUCAAAGUUUAAAAACACCUUAAAUUCAAACUCUGUAUUCUAGAUUAAUACGAAUGUCAUCCAAACAAUCCAAUCACCUGGAAUUCAGGCUUUCAGUUAACAGUUGUGCUGAACUCAUCAAGAGUUAAUUACUUGAAUUUCUUGCCUCUUAAUGUGUUAUAUAAAAAAAAAAUUAUGAUGAUAAAACUGGCAUUAAUGAGGGCCACCCCAGGAAAGAAAAGAAGAGCGAGAGUUUCCUCUGCUGUAAAGGAUUAGUUUAUUAGAGUUACCAGCCUCUAAAUACUUAAAUACUAAAUAGCACCUAAAUGCUUCUUCACAGAGUAUUUUGGUUUGUUUAACAUUGUUUUUAAGUUACUACAUGAUGCCGUAUGUGUUCUUUCAUAAUCUGAUAGAUCACUAUUAUUUAUCUAUAAUGUAGGAUAAUAAAAAUAAAAAUAAAAACAUUGAAUAAUAAGAAGGUGUGUCCAAACGCUUUAAACAUUUUAAACUUUUGACUGGUACUGUAUGUGUAUACAUAUGUAUUACAUUACCUACAGGAUGUCUCAAAAGUAAGGAAACUAGGGUUUCACCAAAAUUAAGUUAUAAUGUUUUCAAAUAGUUACUGAAACAAAGUUAUGUUGAUGUUUACGUUAAAAUGAAGCACAGCAUUGUUUUUCUGUUAUAAUUCUCCACCAGAUUGAUACGUCACACGCCUACCUUUCUAUAAAAAAAAAAAUUCAAGAUGGCCGCCAUGUCAUUGACUUUAACAUUGGCAUUACCUAUGAAAGUUUAUAAAUGGUUCCUUACUUUUGAGACACCCUGUGCACCAUAUAUAUAUAUACAUGCAUAUAUUUAUAUAUAUGAAAAUAUCUUAUUACAGGUGUUAUAUGAACAUGUUAUAUAUAAAUAUAUAUAUAUAAAUAUAAAUAUAAAAAAGGUUAUAAACUUUAUGGUAACUUUCGUAAAUGCAGUUUUAUUUUCACGCUUCUGAACUGAGCUCGGCCUUCAGUCUGGCAGGCGAGGUGAAUGUAUCAGCAACCUUUAGCCAAGCUUUCCACUGUGGGGUCAACAUGCUAAUUUAACUUAGCAUUACGCUCCAAUGUGUUCUUACAAAGGGAAAAGACACUAAAGAACGUGAGCGAGAGACGAAGGCAGCCGGCGGUCCCGGGCGUCCCCCAGGGGGCGCUGUUUUCCCGCCAGUCGUCCGCGGCGCAGCGAGCGAAGAAGCGUUUUAACGGUGCUAAAAACAUAUUGGAAAGUGAUGCUUUGUGAGUGCAAUUGACCUCGCAAUGUGCUUUCGUUCCCUAAAAACCCCGAAACCCUCCUUUUUUAUUAUGUUUCUGUACGAUCGAGAGCAGGGAAGAAAUAUAAAAAAGACUACGGAAAGUAUUUUGAACUCAGAUACGGGUAUCUAUUAUUGAUCAAGCACACUCUCUCACUUUAGAGUCUCUUUUUUUUCUGUUUAUUUUUUUGUCGUUGUUAAUUUUUUUUUCCAAAAAAAAGAAAACGAGAAUGUUAUUUUUUUUUCCUUUGUAAAUGUAUAGCUAUAAAAUUGUAUAUUUUUAAAAUUGUGAGACUGUAAUACAGUGUUCGCUAGAAAUAAAAUAAAAUAAAAGAACGCUUUAUAGAUUUA